UGCAAUUACAUAACAAUUGGCCUAAUAUUUAGUACAAAGUAAGAUACGUAUAUCAUUUAGCCAUGUAUAAAAUUCGUUAGCGUGAAAUUAAAAAAAAAGUCCUCCAAACAGUCUUACACCCUAUAUCAGUAAAACUUUGAUAAAUACUCAAAAUUUGCUAUGACUAAAAGUUGAGUCCUCAUAGGAAAACUGGACGAAAUGUUCUUAGAAGUUUAUGGGUGCUGUUUUUUUUUUCAGAAAUGCUAGAAGUUCAAGAGCGUCAGACGGCACGGUUUCUUAAAACUAAGGUGUUGGAAGUAAUCCAAAGCUAUGGUAUUGGAAUUGAUCAAGUUUUUUUCUGUUACGUGCGACAAUGGAGCCAACAUGGUGGCCACUGUACGCGAAUUAAAGCAAGAAGUCGAGCUACUGUCGAAUGAUUUCGACAACGUCAUCGAAAUGGAGAAGCAGGAUAAUGAAUCACACGAGUUCACGGCGGCUCUAAGUAACGAGCUUAGCGAAAACCUGAAUUUGGUGCGCUGUGCAGUUCACACACUCCAAUUGGCGAUAUUGGACGUGGUCAAUAAGUCAGACGCUUCUGUAAAAAUUGUUACAGACAUUGCUAAAAAAUGCAAACACGUAAAGUACACACUAAGUUUCAACACAGCGAACAUCUCAUAUCCCCCUGUUUGGGGAAUCACUCGAUGGUGUGGGAUUUAUGAAAUGAAUCAAAGUUUCGUAGACAACGAACAUUUUUUCAAGGAACUGGCACAACAGUUUCCAGAAUUAGAACUUGGCGAAACAUGGGACUUUAUUCGCAUCUACCAGCAAGCCUUCAAGCCGCUCUACUUGUGCAACAAGAACAUGCAGGCGCGGCAUGUGUCACUGCCAGAUUUUUAUCUGCAGUGGCUUAUGGCUAUAAUGGAAGUGAGAAAAAUGAAGCAAAAUCGGUUCUCAGAACCAUUACAAGAGGCAUUGACGAAGCGGCUGCAAAAUCUACUCAAAUCCAGAGCUUUUAAAAUAGCUUUAUACUUGGAUCCUCGCCUGAAUUAUAUGGGAUCCAAGUUGUUCAGCUCAGAAGAAAAAGAGCAAAUACAGGUAAUUACAUACUUAUAAUGCUAUCACAGCUGCGUAUUUGUCUUGCAGCCAUCCAGAACCGUUUUAAUAUUACAACAUAUUACUAUUCCAAAUAAGAAGAAAAACCAUCACAACAAUACUCUUCUUGAUGUGUUCGGAAAUAACUAGUUUUCGAAAAUUGUGCAAAAUUACCUUAUUGUAGUUUCACCUUAACUCAUAAAUUUGAUCUAGUUAAUCAGAAACAACUCAGAGUUUGCAUAUGGUCAAAUUACACCUAACCAGGUUUAACCUAACCGCACCUAACUGAAGUUUUGAUAUAAGUGUUCCAUUUUUUCAGAUUUGGUUAUACUGAAAUUCUUACGAAUAGGUAUUUGGGGUUAAAUUGUAAGAUGUUUUUAUUUCCUUCAAUGCGCAUCAAUAGUUUCAACCGUUUUAACAGGUUUAUAACAUAUAGCUUAAUUUUACAGGGUUAUAUAAUCGAAACGUACAACCGUAUUUGCUCUUAUCGGAAGUCUGCACAAUCAGUCAACAUGGACACUUCGUCAUCUACUCAGGAGGACGAUUUCGACUCGUUCAUCACUGAGAUGUACGGAGAGUGCGAUGCCCCUGCCUCUUGUGAAACCAGCUCCCGGUUCCUCCAGCAACUAAAAGCUCUGGAUGUUG